CCGUCUCCGCGCCACCCGCCGAUGUCGGGAGCGAUCUUCGUGCCCCUGGAGGGCCCCGGCGCCCCGGACUCCCUGAGCGGCCACCCGCUCGCGUGCCCGCUGUGCCAUGCGCAGUACGAGCAUCCGUGCCUGCUCGACUGCUUCCACGACUUCUGCGCCGGCUGCCUGCGCGGCCGGGCCUCCGAGGGCCGCCUCCUCUGCCCGCUGUGCCAGCACCAGACCGCGGUGAGGGGCCCUGGAGGGCUCCCCCCAGUGGACCGGCUGCUGCAGUUCCUGGUGGACAGCUCCGGCGAUGGCAUGGAGGUGGUGCGCUGUGCCAACUGCGACCUGGAGUGCACCAAACAGGACGCGGAGACCAUGUACUUCUGCAACACGUGCGGGCAGCCGCUGUGCGGGCGCUGCCGUGAGGACACGCACCGAGCGCGCAUGUUCGCGCGCCACGACAUCGUGGCCCUGGGCCAGCGCAGCCGCGACGUGAUCCAGAAGUGCACGCUGCAUGCGGAGCCCUACAUCAUGUUCUCCACCGACACCAAGUCGCUGCUGUGCAUCCGCUGCUUCGGGGACAUGCAGGGGGAGAGCCGGGCCCACUGCGUGGACCUGGAGUCCGCGUACGUCCAGGGCUGCGAGCGGCUGGAGCAGGCCGUGCUGGACGUGAAGGCGCUGCAGACGGCCGCGCGGGAGGCCAUCGGGCUGCUGCAGGCCAGGGUGGAGGAGGUCCGCCACAGCGCCGCCGCCGAGCAGGCCGCCAUCCGCGCCCUUUUUGACAGCAUGCAGGACAAGCUGGCGGAGAGGAAGGACCUGCUGCUGCAGGCCGUGCAGAGCCAGUACGAAGAGAAGGACAAGGCCUUCAAGGAGCAGCUGUCCCACUUGGCCACUCUGCUGCCCACCCUGCAGGUUCACCUGGUCAUCUGCUCAUCCUUCCUCAGCUUGGCCAGCAAGGCGGAGUUUCUGGACCUGGGCUACGAGCUUAUCCAGCGGCUGCAGGGCGUCGUCACAGGGCCACAUCGCCUCAGGCCCUCGCAGAGCAGCAAGGUCUCCAGCGACCACAGGGCCGAGUUCGCCCGCUGCUUGGAGCCAUUGCUGCUGCUGGGGCCUCGCCGGGCGCCAGGUACAGGCGGCACCAACACGCUGGCGGGGGGCCCGGACCCCAAGGUGCCGAUGGGGCCUGGCUGCCCUUCCCCGGUGGGAAAGAUGUGGGGGUGCCCCGUCCCGAAGCCCACGCCGCACCGGUCCACCAGCACCAAGGCGCUGCUCGCGGAGGCCGAGGACACGCCCUUCGCCGGUCACUGCCGCCACUUCCAGGGCGCCUACCAGGGGAUGCGCGCCGUCUUCCAGGAGCUCUGGGAGGAGUCCUACCAGCGCGUGGCCAAGGAGCAGGAGAUUUAUGAAGCACAGCUCCAUGACCUCCUGCAGCUGAAACAGGAGAAUGCUUACCUGACCACCAUCACCAAGCAGAUCACGCCCUAUGUCCGCUCCAUCGCUAAGGUGAAGGAGCGGCUGGAGCCCAGGUUUCAGGCCGCCGUGGGGGAGCAGCCGGAGCACCCACCGAGCCUGCAUGAGGAUGGCGGGAGCGGCGAGGCCCAGGCCAGGAGCGAGGAGCCUCGAAGAGCCAGCUGGGCGCCGGGGCUCACGGAGGAGCCGCUGGUGAAAAGCAAAGGUCAUCACAGACCCAAGCAGAAAAAUGGGGGUGACGGCCCCACCCGCAGAGAGCACCCGACCUAGCAAACAGGUGCGACGUGCAGACCCGCACCAGGCUGUUGCAAAGGCGGCUCCCAUCUUGGUAAAUUCUGGGGGUGAUCAUUUAUCAAUAAAGCCCCGGA